UUUAGACACAAUAAAGUUAGUAUGCUUAUAGCACUCGAGUUAGAACAUUCAUUUUCACCUACACAUCUUAUGAGAUGCAACAUGGCGCAGUCUAAUAGGAUCUUAAAAAUUGUGUAUUGUGUAUUUGAAUUUUGAAUUUUUGUUGAACCAUGGAGUAUAAUAAGCCAGAUGCGUUGGUUUUGACGGGUAAUUUGGCAGAAAAUUGGCGCGUUCUUCGUGAAGCGUUCGAGAUUUACAUUGAGGCAGCUGGUCUAACGUCAGCGUCUAAUAAACGUCAGGUGGCCAUUUUUCUUAACCUUGUUGGUAAAGAGGGCCUAGAGAGGUAUAACACCCUCAAAUUUGAAAACGCCGAAGACAAUAAGAAAAUUGAGCAAGUGCUUAACGCGUUUCAAGAUUAUUGCAAACCAAAAAAAAAUAUUUUACACUCCAGGUAUAUAUUUUAUAAACGGUCUCAAAAAGAAAAUGAAUCGAUUGAGGAGUUUCUGUCAGCGUGUCGUGGUUUGAUCAAAGAUUGUGAAUUUAAAUCUCAUGAAGAAAUUUUACGUGACAAAAUUGUUCUUGACACGAGAGAUGGUGAAACUCGCGACAAGUUAAUUAAACAAGCUGAUGUUACUCUUGAAACUGCAAUAGAAACCCUUCGUAUUGCUGAAAUCCAACGAAGAGAACUCAAUCAAAUGAAGGAGAUUGGUGAAAAACAGAAUGAAGUAAAUGCAGUUCAUUCAAAAGUACGUGGUGGUAAGCGUACAUAUCAAGCUCAACAUCACUACACUCAGAACAACGGUAACAAUGGACAUCGUGGUCAAUGUCAAACAAAUCAACGACAGGCAAAAGGAUAUAACCAACAGGAGGAGUCACAACAGGUUUUCAAAAAUAAAGAUGCAUUAAGUCGAGCGUGUAUAUCGUCUCGAAAUAACGACGACGUUGAUAUCGAUGUUUCCGAUGUAGUUCAUUCAAUUAAUAUGUCUACAAAUAUUCGAAAUGAGUUUGUACAAGAAACAAUUAAAGAUGAUUUAUUAAAACAAUUAGUAUACGUGUGCAAGAAUGGCUGGCCUAAGCAUAACAAUAAAGUCUCGCGUGAGCUUAUACCAUACUUUAAUAUGCGUUACCAAAUAUCAUUUGACGACGAUUUACUUUUUCUUAAUAAUCGUGUGUUUGUCCCUAUGAAGUUACAGAAUAAAAUUUUAUUUAAACUACACGAAACUCAUCUUGGAAUUUGUAAGACUAAAACGAGAGCACAUUCCUUAUUUUAUUGGAAAGGUUUAGAUAAAGAUAUCGAGGAAUAUAUUGGUAAUUGUGCAGUAUGUAAUAAGUUUAGGAGUGAGAAUAUUAAAGACCCUAUGAUUUGUCAAGAAGUUCCUAAUCUACCUUUUGAGAAAGUUGCGUGUGAUAUUUUGGAUUAUGGGAAAGAUACUUACCUAGUAUUAGUUGAUUACUAUUCUGGUUGGCUUGAGUUAAAUUAUUUAUCUUCUAAAACCUCAAGUCAUAUAAUUAAAAUACUAAAAGUUAUUUUUUCGAUACAUGGGAUUCCAAAGCAACUCGUGGCAGAUAAUAUGCCAUUUAAUUCUAAUGAAUUUCAGAAUUUUGCGACUGAUUGGGAAUUUGUUAUAACUACGUCAAGCCCUAGAUACCCAAAAUCUAACGGACUUGCGGAGAAAGGUGUAAGUAUUGCGAAAUCAAUACUAAAAAGAUCGGAUGAAGGUAAAGUUGAUAAACAAUUAAUGUUGUUAGAAUAUCGAAACAGUGCUAUCAUUGGCUCUAAGUUUUCCCCAGCACAACUUUUAAUGAGUCGCACUUUAAGAUCGAAAAUUCCAAUCUUAAACAAUGCUCUACAGCCUACAGAUUUAUUAACUAAAACUUGGAAGCCAGGUAAAAUCAUCAAUAAAUACAAUACGCCCAGAUCAUAUGUUUUUAGUGAUAACACGGGUAAUAAUAAACGAAGAAAUAUUGUACAUUUAAGGCCUGCCGGUAAACAGCUCAGGUAUAAUUUGUACAAAGAUAAUAAUGUUGUUUUGAAGCCUAGUUGGAUACGUAAGCGUCGUGUUGUACCUCCAACUAAGGUUAAUUUAUAA